AUGGUAAGACAGCGCAUUUCCCAACUUUUCAUGAAUGCCUCGAAGGCGGAGGAAACCAAGAAGGAGACGGUAGCGCUCAUGGAGGCGCUGAUCAACGGCGGCAUCAAGGUAAAGUCCGCUGCUGAGGUCGGGAAGAGGGCCGUUGAGUACACUCGUGGAGAUGAGAUAUCGAACUGGAUUUUGAACAACAAGCAGACCGUCGCAAAGCUGCGACGACAUAGUCCGCGUCUGCGAUUACCUGAUCGCUGCCGGUUUUAUCUACCGCGCGCAAUUGAGGGCACGAUCGAGAAGACCGCGUCCGGGACGUUCCGUCGCCCCAUGUGGCCUAAGCGCCUGAUAAAGACGCAAAAGCAGCGUUUCGACAAGGUCGGAUUCUACAUAAUUUCGUACGAGGGCAACCAGCGGUGGAACUACGUGAUGCUGACUGCGAUGAUACUGGGAAUUUUCGCCGUCUGCAUGUUCCAGACCUGGCCGCUGGCGCUGAAGCUGGGAAUGUGGUACAUUUCCGUCGUGCUGCUUACGAUUCUGAUCUCUCUGCUCAUGAUCCGUCUGGUGCUUUUCGUGUCCCUCUGGUUCUGCGGCUUUGACUUUUGGAUUUUCCCCAACCUGUUGGACGAGGAGCUCGGCGUGUUCGACUCUUUCAAGCCUCUGUACAACCUCACCCGGCGUACAGACACCGUCUACAUGCUAUGCUGCCGCGUGCUGUGCGCCAUUAUGGUGGCUGCCUCCAUCCACGAGCUGGGCAAGACCCACGACCUGAAGGACGUCGGCAACUUCGCUCGCCAGUCGUUCUUGGAGGCCAUCGAAUGGGGACGUAACAAGCUCACCGCCGUUCCCGAGGAAACCCCGUUGUACAAGUCCAUCGGCGUGGACAUGUCGACGGAAUUCGACGCAGAGGGCCAGAACGAGGAGUCGGGCGAGGAAGGCCUCGAUGACGACGACUACAAGUGCCUUUUGGCGUGCGGCUACCGUUCGCUAGGCCAGCUGUUGAAGGAAUGUAUGCUGAGCUGCAAUUGUAUGGAGGAACUGCUGGCCAACCCGUGUUUAUCCGGCUGCCCUGAGGAUACCAUUCGAGUUUUAACGGAGUCCAAGACCGACAUUUGCCGCAAGACGCGCGGCCGCGGAUAG